CUUCUUGACAAGAGUAAGGUAGGCGCUGUUUGGAUUGUCAGUUCCAUGAAGUGGGAAAUAGUGACAGUGUAUUCUUGGAAAUGUGUUUCAAUGACCUUUUAAACAAGUGUUAGUAUUGAAUAUUUUUUAAUUCGCAAGUCAAGAGGGGAGAGUAGACUUGAUCCGCAUGAUGUCUUACGUACUUGUCCCAACGUAGAGGAGUGUUGCAGCUAGCAAGCUAGCCAGCCAACGUUAGCACUUUGAGUGGAGUGGAGGGGUACGGGCCCGCCUCAGACUAAAGUAGCUCCUGCAGCUGGGGAGCUCUCUCUGCGACAGCGGCCAUCUGACAACUACGGAGUCGGGACAUUACUUACUGGGCAGGCCGGUUCUGACGGAUCAAAGCUUUGGAUCAGUUAUUUAAUUGCGAGCUAAUUCUAUUGGCAAACGCCGCAUUGCUUGAAUUGAGAGGGUCUGUCUUCAAUGUUAUGAACUCGUAAAAUGCAACAGGAGAGGAGGUAGGAUGACAUACUCGUCUUGAUAAUAGAAUAACUGACAUCGAUGCAAAUACGCUGUUUCAGAUAGCCAUUUGUCAGCUGAUACUAGCCCACUCGCGUUUGACGCAGGAUAUUUAGACUGGAGUUGUAAACGCAGGCUCUCAAAAUGUCUAAAAUGCCGGCUAAAAAGAAGAGCUGUUUUCAGAUCACAAGUGUGACACAGGCUCAGGUGGCGGCCAGCAGUGCCACGGAUGACACAGAGAGCCUGGACGACCCAGACGAAUCACGGACUGAAGACGUGUUGUCGGAAAUCUUCGACAUGUCCCGGGCUGACUACGAGCCAGAGGUAUGUGAUCGAAGUUCAUCUGAGGAAACCCUAAACCAUGUAGGGGAGCAAGAGGCACCUGGCGUUAUACCUCAAGUUGGGCAGCUACCUGCAUUGUCGGGUCCCGCAAAUGAGGGUUUUGCUACUCGAAAGGUGGGAGUGGCAGGCUCUCAUGUUAGCCAGCAAACUCUGGGAACUGGUUCCUCAAGCGACCUCCCUACUAUCUCUCAGUCCAGGCUCGUGCAACAGCCUGCCCCAGUGACCAGUGGGGUGGCUACCAACGUGUCAGUGAGCACAUCCCAGCCAGUAGUGACUAGUUCAACCCCAACUUCUACAACGUCGACAACAAGUUGCAGUUCACGCUUCAGGGUCAUCAAACUUGAUCAUGGUACUGGAGAGCCCUUCAGAAGGGGCCGAUGGACUUGCACAGAGUUCUAUGAGAAAGACUCGGAGGGUAACACAGUGGUUAACAGGACUGCGGAUAACAUUAGGCAUGCCAAUGCGUUGGACCCCAGCGCCGACAGGGACAGCGGGCUGGGGUUGACAGGUGGUUCGGUGGUCGCACCGGCGACUCUCUCAGGCCAGGGCCUAGACUCUAUAGUGGAUGCUGCUGCACUUAGUGCCUCGCACAUUCACCCAGUGGACACACUGCUACAGCAGCAGCAGCUCCACCACCAGAACUACAACAUGGGGCAGCCUGGAACAGCCACAGCCAACGCUUUCCCCACCAACAAACCCGUGGCUGUCUCAGUUCAGCAGCCUGCGCUGGGUACUAUCCAACCCGCUGCCCCCCAGAACCUCCUUGUGGGGUUCAACGGUCUGCCUCAAACUGGCAUCCACAUACAGAAAUCUCAUAGCGUGCCCCCGGCAGCCCAGACCCAGCCGCUGGCUUACUCUCUCCAGCAGCAGCAACCCAUUCUACAGCAUCUUCCACUGGGACACCAUCUAUCCAACCAACCCCCAGGCCUGCCCCAGAACCAAGCGGACUACUACCAACACCACCAACCUGUCAUGGAGGCAGUGGUGUCGGCUGGCCAGACCCUUUCCAUGACCAGCCUCUCCGUGGGACAACCUAUGGGUCAGGGCCCAUCGCCGGUCAUGACUCCCGCCGCCGGGGUGCCGAUGCAGGGCCAGGUAGGGGAGUUGGCAGCAGCGGAGGGAGGAGUCCCUUUACCCCUUAGUCAGCCAGCUCCAGGCUUGAUGGGUGCAGGUAUUGGAGGUGUUGGGGCCUCCAUGCUGCUGGGCAGAGCCUCUACUCUGCAGCAGCCUGUGUGUCAGUAUGCCCCCACAGGGAUGCCUCAGCCCCUCGGGCUCCACUCCAUGCCCCCCAGUGCCCAAAACGUGCCUACCGCCAUCGUAGCCGUGACCACCAGCAUCGACGGCAUGCCCACCACUGUGCCCAGUGCCUCCAACACUGCUGCAGCAGUCCCUGCCACCAUGUCAAACCUGACCGCCUUCUUGUUGUCCGGGCAACAGGCCCCCACGGCCCGCAAUGGCGGGGGGGUGCAGGACCUCUUGGCUGCCGGGUUUGACCAGGUGGAGGAGGGCAGUAGGAAGGUGGAGGGCCUCGCGACGGCCCAGCCUCCCUCCAUCGCUGAGAAAAACCUGAUGAAGACCCCAGAGGGCCUGCAUCAGGCUGACAACCCCUCUGUGAACAGCCUGUUUGGAAUACCCAUACAAAUGGAGUGGGACGAGGACAGUGCCUCUGGAGCCAGUGUUGUUGCCAUUGAUAAUAAAAUAGAACAAGCCAUGGACCUGGUGAAAAGCCAUCUGAUGUAUGCAGUGCGUGAGGAGGUGGAGGUGCUGAAGGAGCAGAUCAAGGAGCUGUUUGAGAGGAACUCUAUGCUGGAGCGGGAGAACGCCGUUCUGAAAUCCCUGGCCAACAGCGACCAGCUGUCUCAGCUCUCUGUCCGGCCGGCCGACACAAACUCCUCUUGCAGCACGACUCCGCAGCAAGGGGUGGGCCAAGGCCAGCCGCAACUACAACUACAGGCUCCACCACAAGCCCAGCUUCAAGCACAGCCUCCGCUCCAGGCCCAGUCCCAGCAACUUCAAACCCAGCCUCAAGUGCUGCUUCAGCUCCAGUCCCAGCAACUACAGCCUUUGUCUCAACCCCAGCUCCAGCUUGACACCAGCCAGCCCCCGCCUUCGCAGCAACCGCAGCCCAACUUCAACUCCGCUUGAAGUGCACCCCCUCCCUAUCUCUCUCCGUGACAGGAGAGGGGGGAGAAAAAAAAGUAGAAAACAUCCCCCAAUUCUAAAUUGGCAUACGAAGCAAAAAACAAUAUUGUCUUGUUCGCACCAGCUUGAUCACCACAACCAAGAGCAGUGCUUCAGUGUGUCUGUGUGUGUACUGUAUGCCGGCUGUUCGGCCUUCCCAGUGUUAAUGCAAUCAAUGUGAGAGUAUGAGCGAGAGAAAGGGGGGCAUUUCUUGUGGGGUGCCAUGCUGGAGCUUUGACUGACC